GAAUGCAACUGGGCUGUGUACCAACCUCCAGCGAACUAAACCAAAGUGUCACUUGGUCGUUGUGUCAGGAACAUGGCGACUUUCAGCAAAUAUCUGACCGCAAAGAACUCGUCCGUAGCCGGCGGCAUAUUGCUGGCGCUGUACCUGCUGAAGCGGAGGAGGAGGGCGGCUCACCGGGACGGCAGAAAAGGAGGCUCCGACGUGCUGAACGAGAAAGAAGGCAGGAAAGACCGUGCAGCCGUGGACAAGGUUUUCUUCUCCAGGAUCUUCGAGAUCUUGCGGAUCUUGGUACCUCGACUUGUCUGCAAGGAGACUGGCUACCUCAUCCUUAUCGCUGCCAUGCUGGUGACCAGGACCUACUGUGACGUCUGGAUGAUCCAGAAUGGCACCAUGAUCGAAAGUGCGAUUAUCGGGCGCUCGUCAAAAGAUUUCAAGGCCUUCUUGUUCAGCUUUGUCAAAGUCAUGCCACUUAUAGCCUUGGUGAACAACUUCCUGAAGCUGGGUCUCUACGAGCUGAAGCUGAGGUUCCGUGAGAGACUCACUAAGAACUUGUACGACCAGUACCUGCAAGGUUUCACCUACUACAAGAUGGGAAACCUGGACAACCGGAUAGCCAAUGCAGACCAGCUACUGACACAGGAUGUGGAGAAAUUCUGCAACAGUGUGGUGGACCUCUACUCCAACCUCAGCAAGCCUCUGUUGGAUAUCGUUCUGUACAUCUUUAAGCUGACAAGUGCCAUCGGUGCUCAGGGCCCAGCCGUCAUGAUGAGCUACCUGCUCAUCUCAGGCCUCUUCCUGACCAGACUGAGAAGGCCCAUAGGCAGGAUGACCGUCACCGAGCAGCGCUACGAGGGCGAGUACCGCUUCGUCAACUCCCGCCUCAUCACCAACAGUGAGGAGAUUGCAUUCUACAAUGGGAACACCAGAGAAAAGCAGACCAUUUACAGCACAUUCAAGAAGCUGGUGGACCACUUGCAUAACUUUAUCUUCUUUCGCUGCUCGAUGGGAUUUGUGGACAGCAUGAUUGCCAAAUACGUGGCCACUGUAGUAGGCUACUUGGUGGUUAGCCGGCCUUUCCUCACCCCGUCACAUCCCCGACACCUGCACAGCACGCACUCUGAGCUUCUCGAGGAUUACUACCAGAGUGGGAGGAUGCUCCUGAGACUGUCUCAGGCGCUGGGCAGGAUCGUACUGGCAGGCAGAGAGAUGACCCGUCUCUCAGGAUUUACAUCUCGUAUCACUGAACUGAUGAAAGUCUUGAGGGAGCUGAAUGCUGGCAAAUAUGAACGCACCAUGGUGUCCCAGCAGGAGAAGGAAUCCGACACGGCAGAGAAACUGGUACUGGUGCCUGGGAGUGGUCUCAUUAUCAACAGAGAUAACCUCAUCAAAUUCGACCAUGCACCCCUGGCAACGCCCAACGGAGACGUCCUGAUCAGAGACCUCACAUUUGAGGUGAGGUCUGGCACCAACGUUCUGGUGUGCGGACCAAAUGGCUGUGGAAAGAGCUCGCUGUUCAGAGUGCUGGGAGAGCUGUGGCCUCUGUUUGGAGGACGCCUGACCAAACCUGAGAGAGGGAAGCUCUUCUACGUUCCACAGAGGCCUUACAUGACUCUGGGUUCUCUGAGGGACCAGGUCAUCUACCCCGACACCCAUGAAGAUCAGCAGCAGAAAGGCAUCCCCGACCACAUAUUGAAAGAGUAUCUGGACAACGUGCAGCUGGGUCACAUCCUGGACAGGGAGGGCAGCUGGGACUCAGUCCAGGACUGGAUGGAUGUGCUCAGUGGAGGAGAGAAGCAGAGGAUGGCUAUGGCCCGGCUCUUCUACCACAAACCCCAGUUUGCCAUUCUUGACGAGUGCACCAGUGCAGUGAGUGUGGAUGUGGAGGAUUUCAUCUACAGCCACUGCAGGACGGUGGGCAUCACCCUGUUCACAGUGUCCCAUAGAAAGUCUCUGUGGAAGCACCACGAGUAUUAUCUCCACAUGGACGGGAGAGGAAACUACGAGUUCAAGCCCAUCUCGGAGGAAACCGUGGAGUUUGGCUCUUAAGUGGCUGCUGCUGCUCAAUAAAACCAGCCCACUAAUGAUUUGCACUUCUAGAAAAUAAUGUUUAUAAUCACGUUUCCUUUCUUUGUUAUUUAAAUCAUCACUUUAGUCCAUACUAAUCAUGGAUUCGUUCGGUGCAAUUGGAAAAACAAACGUUAUUUAUUUUGCCAACGUGUAAGUCGUUUUACACACGUAACAUGUGUGAGUGACGGUAGAAAUGUACGACAUCGUUCUAAUCAUCUGUGCCUGCCACGACAUUAUUACUAACGUUAGUAUCCCUUGUUGGUUCUUAUUAAAGCUGGGAAUGAUUGGAAUUCCCUAGAAAUAACAGAGAAACUGUUAAUGAUCUAGACACCUUAAAGUAGUCCGAGUUAUGUGACGAUGACCGGCUUACCUGCUACUUCUGCUCAUUCAAAAAUAAAUGGUGUUAAUGGUGUAGAGAUCCCACCGAGUACAGAAAACUCUCCUGACGUAAGGAGACUUGUAAACAUCACAUGGUGAAGUGCUGACCCAAUAACAUGGCAGUAAAGGGGGUGAAUGAUGAGUCAAAUGACGGCCGACACGCCUGCAUUCAAUUGGGGACAAAAUGACUUAGUUCCAGUUGGAUCUCUGCAAAGGGAUUUGUGAUCAGAGAACACUUUCAAUACAGUUUAACUUUGACAUUUGGCUCUUUUGACAAAAAAAACCCACUAACCCACUAAACAUGUUGCUUCAUCCCCUUUUCUUUGCCAUUGCUCCAUAAUAGAGAGACGGCAAAUGAACUUUGGGUUUAUGUGGCAGCUGCUCUGACCCGACUGAGCUUUCAUCCACGAGUCAAAGGCCGACUAUUGAUUGUGAUUGGAACAAAGCAACAUGGCUUCAAGCUGUGGUGGGGGGGCAACAUGAAUACCAGCCCCUCUUUGCUCAGAUGGGCUCAGCUUUACAAACUAGGUUGUUGAUUAUUUGUCCAUGCAGUUCAAAGGAACGGAAAUUGGAAGUUGGUAUGAAAUGUAUAUUGAUGUUGGACUACUGUGUUGAUACUGAUUUGACAUGUAGCUGAGAACUGGCUCGAGUGUAUAGAUGACUUAUGUCCACUAAUGUACAGACGACAUCCCUCUGCUCUGAGACAUUGAUGAGGAAUUAAAAAUGUAAAGAAGCAGCCUCGGUGAUAACAUGGUUUAUAUUGGUUAUGAUGCUGUAAUGAGCUCACUCUUAAUACAUUAAACUGUUAAUAAAA